AUGGCGGCUCUCGUUCAGGACGAAGAUGUUGAUGCGAACCGUAACAACACGACGACGACAACAACGAAUACAACCGCGAAGAAGAAGAAGAGCAAAAAGGAAGAUGCGGAGAAAAAGAAAGGACCGACGCCGGCACCGAAGCACACGCGGAAAUACGGCGCACCGAUGACUGGGUACCAACUGGAACACGGCGCGAAAUUGAUGGCGGAAGAUUCACCGUUCGCUUCCUUGAACUUGAAGGAAGCGAUGAAAAGCGGCGCGGCGAAAGGCGUGAGAUGUCGACAGCACGUGAACCCGUUGUCGCAGAAAUUUAGCGCGCCAUCGCGGACGCCCGAUUGGGCGGCGAUUUUCAAAGAACCGGUGAAACCGAUGACCAUAGACGUGGGAUGCGGGGGAGGAAGAUUUCCGUUGGCGAUGGCGCAGCGGUUUCGCGAGAGGAAUUUCUUAGGCGUGGAUGUUCGAGAGGCUUUGGUGGAAAGAGGGGAGAAGUGGGGGGAGUUUGCGGAAGUUUCGGAGAACGUCGCCUUUGCGGCUGGGAAUUGCACGGUGUCUUUGAAGCCGUGGUUGGACGAUUACAACGAAAAUAACAGAGACGAGAAAAGAAGAGGGAAAGUUGAACUCGUAUGCGUGCAGUUUCCGGAUCCGCACUUUAAAAGAAAACAUUGGAAACGAAGGGUGGUGCAAAAACAAAUGGUGGACGCGUUAGCGAGCGGGUUGGAAGAAGGGGCGAGAGUGUUUUUGCAAUCGGACGUGAAAGAGGUGGCGGAAGAUAUGCGCGAUAAGUUUGAGAAGUUUGGAAACGGGAAAUUUGUCGUCGACGAGAGUUUACACGGCAACGAAGAGGUGAUUUUCGAGGCGGACGCGCCAGAUAUAUCGGAUUGGGAAGGCGAGGAACACGAGGGGUUCGUGCCUACUUGGUAUAAAAAAGGAUGGUUGAAAGAAAAUCCGCUGGGUAUACCCACGGAAAGAGAAGUACAAACCACGAACGAAGGCCAGCCGUGUUUCAGAGUGAUGCUCGUCCGAACUUGA